AUGCUUGAUCAGAGUAUGAAUGAGCUUAAAAGCACAAUUUGCCAGCAAUACGUUCCCAAAAUUUCCUUGCAUAUACAACAACUAUCAUAUGACGAGGACCAGCCGGCAGGAGCUGUGGAACUUUUCAUCCGCGCGAGGGCAGGAUUGUUCCGGCUUAAGAUUCUGUGUCUCGAUCUCGAAACAUCCCAAAUCCGGCGCAAUGAAGUGGGAGAUCUCAUAGGUGGCAAGGCCAAGACUAUCGCUGAAAGUUUGAAGACGAUUGCAAGUCUGGAGCGGGAGGUGAAGUACGCGUGGAGGAUUGAUUCAUGGGCGUCUCGAAAACUUGACAAAAAGCUACUUGAAAUUGUGGAAAGGGAAAAUGAGUAUUUUGCAGAUUUCUUUACUGAUUUUUAG